GGUAACUCUAACAGUCACAACAAAAACAAAACAAAGCAAUGAUUUUAUUGUUCUAAUCGCUUAUCGAAACCAAACGCUGAGAGUUGCAGAAAAUGGAUGUAAACGAAGCAAAAGAAAAAAUUCAAUCAUUGGUUUCAGCCUUACUGAAAGAUGGAUACGAAGCUCUGGUUCUGGCUUCUCAUGUGGAGAAACACACAUUCCUGUAUGAGGGAAGCCAACAGGGACGGGAAUUCCUCAAACAAACCCCUCAGCUUCUCAAGUUUCCAGAUUUCUGCACAGAAUCUUCAGAAACGGGACACGAUGUGAAAGGAAUUUCUCUUUUGACUUCUGUCAAACCUGGACACCAUUUAACAUUGGAUAAAAGUAGUGUGAAUGACAGAAAUAACCCUACAGAGAAAACAGAUGACACCUCAAAAGAAGAAACCAAAGAAUCUGAAAUUCAUGAAGUAAAAGAUGAAGCUAAUUUGUAUGAUGAUGAUGACACAGACAUUGAGAACUAUGUGGAUGAACUUUCAGGUGGAGUUGAAACUCUGGACAAAGGCAAUGAAAUUGAGGAUGGUAUCAGAAAAUGUCAAAAGCCUUCGUUAAAUGUAUCACAUAACAAUAUAAAAGAAAAAAGAGUAAGAGGCAAAUCAAAGAAUUCUAAAGUUAAUACUGAAAAAGCUCAAAGGAAACAAAAAUCAAAUCUUAUUGUAAAUCAUGUGGAAAACGACGAUAAUACUCAUAGUGCGAAGAAAAACAUUAUCCGGGUUGAUUUCCCCUCUGGUAAGGAUGGUGCAAAUGAUGAAGGGAAUAUAACAUAUAGAGAGGUUAAAGUUGAAUUAGAUAUUCCAAAUGAUGAUGAUGAUGAUGUAGAUGAGCCUUCUGUAGCUGAAAAUGGUAAAGUGCUGAGUAAAGGCAAGAAAAGAAAAAUUAAAAAGGGUCGCAAAACAACUGCUAAAAAGAGACAGAUAGGCCAAGUUAUAGAGAAAGAUUCUAGGGAACUCAGUUUAGGUAUUGACCAAGAAAAUGACCUUGAGGAAAAAUUUGGCAGUCUCGACUCAACUAUUAUCUUUAGAAAAAAGGCUAUUCAAGAAUGUGAUAAGAGGUUGAUUGAUUUUUUGGAACAAAACCUUAAUGAGAAAAAAUGUGUCAGCACUGACAAGAAAAAAAGUUUGAAUGGUGAAAGUAUUGAUGGGUUUGCUUCGAAAAUAGUGAAAUUUUCUAGAGACUAUGGCAUGAUGGGUGAAGGGAGCAAACAGUGUGAUAUUUGUCCCUGCUGCAGCAUUGAAUUGAAAUCGAAAGAUGAAGAGUUUUGUCAAAAGCACUUGAAAUCGCACAUGGACAAAUUAAGGCAAUCUGUAGAACUUUGUAAACGGUGCCACAUUAUUCUGCCAACAAAGUGGCUUGCACUUCAUUCUUGUAUUUGUGAGAUCCCUCGUCUUACAAAUACAGUCAAUUACGGCGUAAGAGAUAUCAGAGACGAAGUAGCAGCUUUCACAAUGAAGCUUUGUUUUGGCAAAGAUGAUACGAAAAACGAUGUGGCCACUUGUGUUGAAUGCAAGGAAGAAUUUUACAAUUCCUUUUCCCUUAAAUACCAUUACUUGCAAAAUCAUAUCUUCGUUUACAAACAUUUAGGAUCUUGUGGUAUGGAAUUUACCAACAUUACCGACUUUACUUACCAUAUCAGGCCAGCUUGUGUAGAUGAUGAAAGUGAAAGAAAAUGUUACAUAUGCAAAACUGUAUUUGAAUGCAGUGAACACGUUGCAGCACAUGUUUCCGAAAACCACCAAUCUUUAGUGGACAGAAAAUGUGAAAAAUGUGGAUCGUGGUUUUCUUGUUUACUUCAGUUACGCGAGCACUACUGCGGGAAAGACGCAUGGUUAACUGAAAAGAAAAGGGAUGGUUUCUCCAGUGUUCAAUGUCGGCUUGAAGAAUGCAAUAAGUGGUUUCCGUCUUCAAGACUGGUAGUAAUACAUGGUAGGGAUGUACAUGGACUUAAAGAAGACCUUUGCAGUUUGUGCGGCAUAUCUUUCACCGAUCGCAGAAACAUGAAAACACAUAUGGAAUGGAAACAUGGUUUUGCAGAUUUGGUUCCCUGCUAUGUUUGUGGUCAGAUGUAUCGUGGACAUACCGCUUUAAGGGCCCACUUGAAUACCCAUAACGAGGAACUUAAUUAUAAAUGUGACCAGUGCGAUGCCGCGUACAAAAGUAGAGGCUCAUUAUUUAAGCAUAAAGAGCAAAAUCAUCCAAAAGAUGGUAUACGCAAAACAUUUACAUGUAAAGUGUGCCUGCAACCAUUUUCCAGAAAAGAAAUAUUAAAGCAUCACAUUGUAGUAAAGAACCAUGUUUCUGAUGAACAACCAAUGCCAGAUGUUGUUCCUUGUAAAGUGUGUGGGAAAUUAUUUGGACACACAGCAUCUUUGACAAAACACAUGCAUCGACAGCAUUCGGAAAAGAAGUCCAGCUGUACAGAGUGCGGUAAAGCGUUCUCGUGUAAUAGCAACCUUCGACAGCACAUGUGGACACACAGUGGUCAAAAGCCUCGUUGUGAAUAUUGCAAAAUGGAUUUCCGAAGCCACAGGAAACUUGUGGAACAUAUGGCUCAAAAACACGAUGUUCGAAUGGAGUAUUCUAAGAAUGAUUCUAUUUUUAUAAAGGGAAAUAUGCUACCAUUAAACUUGAAAACAUCUCCCAAUAAAGAUUGAGGCUAAAUAAACGUUGCGAUAUUAAAGAUCAGUCCCGCCCACUAGUCUACCUAACGGAGUGCUAUUUAUACUAUGUAACUCUCUAAAAAUAUUUUAUUUUGAGUCUAAAUAUCGACCUAAUUCGGAGUUAGAUAUAAUUGUUCGUUCAACAUCUGCAGCCGAUUGUAUACACUUAUUUUAUUAUUUGGUUUGGUCAUAGUUAGCCCAAGUCUAAUUGGUCAAUAGGUAUCCAGAACUAUUUAGAGAGAGAGAGAGAGAGAGAGAGAGAGAGAGAGACUUUGUAUCAAACAGUUACAACCUAUGCAUGAAACAAAGUAAACAUGAUUAAGUUCACUUAUAUACGGACGUUUAAUAUACGGACGUUUAAUUUUAUAUACAUAUAUAUGAUUUUAUGUAACAUAAGGAAUUAAUAUAUAUAUAUAUAUAUUAAAAAAACACGUUACAGA